CUCCUUCCAUGCGGGGUGUUUGGUGGAGCAAUCCGGCAUGGCUGAGGCGCAGCAGCUGCGGGUUCAAGAAGCCAUCGACAGCAUGGUGCAGGGCCUAGAGAGAGAGACCAUCCGGAAGAUGCAGGGAAUCAUGUUCAGGUGCAGUGCUGCCUGUUGUGAGAACCCCAAGGCCUCCAUGCAGCAGGUCCAUCAAUGCAUUGAGCGCUGUCACACUCCCCUGGCACAAGCACAAGCAGUUGUCACCCAGGAACUGGAGAGAUUUCAGGACCGCCUCUCUCGCUGCACAAUGUACUGCAACGACAAAGCCAAGGACUCUAUGGAUUCAGGGAGUAAAGAACAGCAGGUCAAGGUGCAGCUGGAAACCUGUGUCACAAAGUGUGUGGACGACCAUGUCCAUCUCAUUCCCAGCAUGACCAAGAAAAUGAAGGAGACUUUGGCAGCCAUUGCUCAAUAGACUUGCUGGCAUUGUGCCAGGAGGGCAAACGGUGACUUGUCAAAAAACCUGGGACGGGUACAAGGAGUGUUAACUGGGGAUUUGGAAAUGAAAGACGAGUGCAUGCAGAAUGACUUGGAUCAUGGAGGCUUCAUAGUGGUUUGGGAAGGAGGCUGCAUAAUUGUGAGAACGAGAAAACAAGUUCAUAUGUUUGCAGGCCA